AUGUCUCCUGCUCUCGAUUACUUCACCAACUCUCAGGCUGCCCCAGCCCCAGUCCCCGCCGCUGAACCCUCUGCUGAACCUUCCUCCAAGCCCGGCGUAUACUACAAUGCUCGUCUUGACCCCAAGAACUUCCUUGAAGGACCCCUCUCAGACAACCCCUCUACUCGCCUCCGACAGAUGCUCGCACGACCAGGAAUUGUCGUUGCUCCUGGUAUCUGCGAUGGUAUCAGUGCUCGAUGCGCCUUGGAAGCCGGCUUCGAUUGCUUGUACCAAAGUGGAGCUGCCACAACCGCAUCUCGCCUCGGUCAGCCCGAUCUUGCCAUCGCAACAUUGAACGACUUCGUUGGCUCCGCGCAAAUGGUCUGCAGCUUGGACCCGACUAUCCCAGUCAUUGCUGAUGCCGAUACCGGUUUCGGCGGCCCAGCAAUGGUUGCACGGACUGUCACCCAAUACGCUCGCUCUGGUGUUGCCGCUCUUCAUAUUGAAGACCAAGUGCAAACCAAGCGAUGCGGUCAUCUUCUUGGCAAGCAAGUGGUCUCGCGGGAAGAAUUCCUCACCCGCAUCCGUGCGGCAGUGAUUGCCCGCGAUGCUAUUCCCGGCGGCUCUGACUUUGUUAUUAUCGGCCGAACAGACUCUGCCCAGGUUUUGGGCAUGGAGGAGGCCGUCGAGCGAUUGAAGCUCGCUGCUGCCGCCGGUGCCGAUGUCUGCUUCAUCGAGGGAGUCAAAUCGAAAGAUCUUCUUGAGUCCACCGUCAAGGCUCUCGCCCCAACACCAGUCCUCGUCAACGUUAUCUCCGGCGGUCUCACCCCUCCUUUCACAUAUAGAGAAGCUGAGCAGAUGGGUGCCAAGAUCAUCAUCUUCUCGCUUGUUUCCUGUGUCGCUAUGGUACACGCUUGCCGGGCCGCCAUGCAGUCCCUCAAGAAGACCGGUACCGACUUCAUCUCUGCUCAAGGCAUGGACCCAAAAUCGUUCUUCCAAGUCAUGGGUCUGGACCCUGUCAUAGAGCUAGACGCGAAGGCUGGCGGCAAAGCAUUCGAGCAAGUUUGA